AAGUCUUGGUCUUGGCAAGCGAGAUGGAUCCGGCGAAAGUAAUUGGAAAACUGAAGGAGCAGGUGCGCAUGGAGCACAAGGCACGACGCAACUAUCCAAAGGUGUGGGCUCAAGUUGCGGGCCAAAAAACCAACAGUUUUUAUCACCAAGCUGAGAUAGAUUCCCAUUUGGGGGACCAGCUAAAACUUCAAGGAUUGUGUCCCAUUCAGCACAACAAUGAGGGCGAAUCGCGGUUCGUGUCCCCAGAGAUGUAUCAGAAUCUCCUUUCCGUUUGUCGAUGCGGCCGAACCCGGCAGGGUGCUCAUAUGGGAAAGUGCUUGCAGAGAACUUUGAGUCCGGACUACACACAGUCCUCGGCGACAAGGGACACGGAUCAGCCAGGCGGCGAUCAGGGGUCACCCUUGCAGAAUGUCCCGCGCACCUCGAACUCUAGCAUUGGCUUCCUGGCAUUCACCACGGACUAUCGAAAGCUGGAACGGUCGAUGCAGUACGUUUCGCCGGCCUACUCCAUGGCAGGGCCGCGAAUCACAGCGGUGCCCUACAACAAUAUCAUUAUCGGCUAAGCGGAGCAUCUAAUCUGUUGUGGUAUUGCCCAGUCGGCUGACUCAAGAGCAGCGGGAUUUUCUGGCUGUUUCAUCUCAGCUUAUCGCAAACAAUAAACCGAAACCGAUGGCCGUCAUCAUAGAACUGGAAUUUCCAGAGCGGCUUUUUCUGAAA